UUGGUCAACUUGCUUCAGGCACAACAAAACAAAAACUUGACAGAGCAGUCGGUUUGGGUCAGACGGUGAAAAGAACGCAAGAUGGCCGCCUGCAAGAUUUUUCUGAGCAGUUUGUUAGUGAUGCUUCUGUUGAAGCAGAGCAGCGGAUUUUAUGACAUUGACUGGCUAUGGGACAGCAUUGAGGACCCAAACAAGGCGGAUACUGACGACACUAAGCAGCAAGACUGUGGAUGCAGCCAAUACGGCAGCGAGUACUGGAAGGGUUGUGACAUCUUCGGCCAGUGCUCAUGCUUCGACAACGUCCAGGGAGAGAAAUGUGACCGGUGUAUCUACGGGUACUGGAACAUCAUGAGCGGACUCGGGUGCCAGAGCUGUGGGUGUGACCCUGUGGGUGCGCUGGACAGUGCGUGUGACCAGUCCACUGGUCAGUGUAACUGCAAGGAGGGCUUCGGCGGCACGAACUGUGGUACCUGCGCCCCGAACUACUACGGGUCAACUCAGGACGGAUGCAAAGCGUGUGAGUGUAACUCUGACGGCUCCGCCACCCAGCAGUGUACCGCUGACGGCACGUGCUCCUGUAAGUCUGACAUCUUCGGAGACAAGUGCGACAAGUGCCGCGAGAACUACUACGACGUGACCCGUGGCUGUCUAGAGUGCCCGGCCUGCUACAGCGCCAUUAAGGACCAGGUGGCGAACCUGCGGGCCAUGAUCCAGCAGCUGCAGCAGCUGAUAGACCAGGCCUCGGGCGGGACCUCCAUCACCGACCCCACGUUCGAGGCGCGGCUGGCGCAGACCGAGAAGGAUGCCGAGGAUCUGCUGGAGCAAAUACGGGGAGGUGGAACUGGGACAGGGGGCGCUGUGGACGAACUGAAGGAUUUGCUGAACGACCUGAGGGCCAAAGUGAGCGGGAUUCAGAACAACGUGGACAACGGACGGCGGGACGCGAACGACGCUGCUGAUAAAGUACUCAGCAUCCGGGGUAUCAUCGCUCAGAUCACCACGCUGAUGGGCGACAUGAAGGAUUACAUGGAGAACGAGGGUAAGGCUAUCAUCGACAAAGCCGGGGGUGACACGGGAGCAGCGGCAGGCGAUUUUGACGAGUUGGUGAAGAAAGCUCAAGACUUGGCCAGCGAGCAAGAGGGAGACGCCCAGAAGAUCGAAGACGUCUCGAACAACGCCUUAAGUAUCGCUAAGGAAGCGCUGAAGAGGAUCAAGGGUGCCCUGGACCCCGACGGUGGAACUGACACUAGUGCGGCCGCACUUGACGACCUGAAAGCAAAACUGGACCAGGCUGCGGCGGAUCUGGAGCAGGUGAAGCGGGAGGCGGACGCCGCUCUGCAGAAGGCGGAGACCACGGACGCUAACGCCCGCAGGAUCCUGGCGAACGCCGAGGCGAGACAGUCCAACAUGGACGUGGAUGGACUGAAAGCUCAGGCCAACACCAUCAAGAGUGAUUCGGAUGGUUUGCUGGGGGAGAUCAAUAAGUUGGACACUGACGGCACAGCUGUGGUGAAUGACGUCACCACCAAUCAUGACGAGGCAUCGAAGCAACUCCAGGAUGCGAAGAAACAGAUCCAGCGCACAGACGAGCUGUUGGCUCGUGUCUAUGCAGCACGACAAGGCGCAGACGACGCCGUGAAAAGUGCCGAGGAGAUUUUGUCGGACGCACAGAAGACACUGGAGACUCUCAGCGACUUCGCCAACAAGGUAGCCAAGGCGGAGACUGACGCGAAGGCCGCCCUUACCAAGGAGCCCAACAUCCGGGCCAUCAUAGUGGAGGCUGAGACUGCCACCACGGACGCCAACACCGCGCUGGGGUCCGCCAAGACUGACGCAGAUGAUGCCAAGAACACUGCUGAGAGAGCGAAGCGAAUUGCCGACAAUACCAAAACAUCGGCAGCCCAGGAGAAGGAACGUGCGGACCGACUGGAUCAGAAAGCGACGGAUCUCCACAAUCAAGCCAAGACGCUGCAGGUGGACGUCAACAAUUUCCAGAACACUGGAGGUCUGUGGGACCGGAAGAAGAAACAGGCUGACAGGGACGAAGCUAUCAUUGCAGAGGCGACGACAGAGGCACAGAGGAUUCAGAAGGAAGCAGAGGACACCUUCAACCUGAUGGUGGACACGGAUCGCAGACUGCAGGCUAUCCUGGACAAGUUAGCCGACGGAUCCAGUGCCCCAGACGCGGACACCAUGAAGACGCUCCAGCAGACGUACGACAACCUCCAGGGGCAGUGGAACACCCUCAACAUCGCGCAGAUCGUCUUUAACAUCAAUGCGUGGAUGGAGCGGAAUGUUGUCGGGGUGGCCGACGUGAACAUAGACGAGUUACGGGCCGAGGUGGACAACCUGGAGGCCAUCAAAAACUCCCUGCCCGACGGCUGCUUCCGCGCAGAGGCAGGCGUGGAAGGCACUUAGGUAUAGAAACAGUUUUUAGAAUAAGACACAUGUUCAUCUGUUUUGAUAGGUACUGUUUUUAUGGACAUGACUUGGACACACACAUACA